CUUCCUCCACCUCAUAAACUCAGAUUGUAUUCCAUUGCCAGCAGUACCCUUGGUGACUUUAGAGACUCCAAAACUGUUUCACUAUGUAUGAAGAGGCUUCUUUACACAAAUAAAAAUGGAGAGAUUGUCAAAGGAGUUUGCUCAAAUUUCUUGUGUGACUUGAAGCCUGAAUCUGAAGUAACAAUUACUGGACCUGUUGGGAAAGAAAUGCUUAUGCCAAAAGAUCCUAAUGCCACCAUCGUCAUGUUGGCAACUGGAACUGGAAUUGCCCCAUUCCGCUCAUUUUUAUGGAAAAUGUUCUUCGAAAAGCACGACCCCGGUCUUCAUUACCGCCGCCGCUCUUCGUUGCCGUGCGCCGCCGCUCUUCGCUGUCGCCGCCGAUCUUCGCUGCUCUGCUCCUCGGGAAAAGGGGGAAGGGAACGCGAAGGGAGAAGAGGGGGGAGGGGGGUUUCGGGAAGAAGAGGGGGAAGGGGAAGGGUCCUCGCCACUGCCACCGGUCUUCAUGGACGCCGCCGCUCUUCGCUGCCGCCGCCACCGCUGCACCUCGCCGGUUUCUGGUUUUUGGUUUCUUGUGGUUUCUGCGAUGGUGAUGGUGAUGAUAAUGCAGAGGGUUGA